AUGGCCUGCAGAAAUGUGUUUAAAUUAAUCAAAAACCAAGGGAUUUUUUAUAAAAUUGUUAACAAUAGAGUGACAGUUCCGAUUUUGCGGACCCCGACAUUGAGGUUAUGUCCGAAAAAGUGGGCUUAUCCGAAAGAAACCGGCUUCGCGGUGGGUUUAAGCCUCUUGUCGUGGCUCGGUUUCGAAAAAGACGAUGAAGAGAAAGAAUCAGAGCUGAUAAUGACCCUGAAAAGGGCAGUCUUGUGCACGCAAAGGGAGCAGUAUGAGAAGGCCGAACAAAUGUUACAUUUGGCCCUACGGCUAGCCCAACAGCAGCAAAACCAGCAAGGGGUCAUCUACUGUUACGACCUGAUGGCAAAUUUGGCUUUGGACACGUUUCAAUUAGAUAAAGCUGAGAAAUUAUUUGUCAGUGUUUUGCAGUUGUUACUAGGGGGCGGUUUGGACCAGAAAGAUUUAAAGGUCAUUCAUAUUAGUUUAAAACUGGCGCGAAUCUCGCAAUUGAAGGCUGAAAUUCAAAAAGCCGACCUUGGGUACAAGUGGUGUCUUGAGCAAAUUGAGGCACAUCAAAAUGACAGUGUUGACGCUCAAAUGCUGUAUGGGAUUAUUCAGGAUUGGUAUUCACAGUUUCUGCUAGACGUGGGGGACACUCCUAAGGCUUUGGUCCAUUUGAGAGAAGCUUACAAUGCGUGUAAAAGAACCAAGGGGAGGAACAGUGAACAAAGCAUGUUGCUUUUGAAUGAUUUAGGGACGACCAGUUUUCGAGCUGGGGACAUGGAUAAUGCACAAGAAUACUUAAAGGAGGCUAUCACAGUGGGGCGCGAGGUCGAAGACAAGUCACAUUUGGGCGUAAUUCAUGCCAACUUAGGUUUAAUUCUUCUAGAAAAAGGCGUAGCCAAGGAGGCAGAAAAGUAUUGUAAGGAGGCGUGGAAAUUGGGGAAAAAAUUCGAAAAUAACGAAUCAGUUGAACAAGCAAACUACUGUUUUGACCAAAUUAGAUUGGUUUUAGGAAAAUAAUAUUUAUUGUAGAAACGUACUAUAAGUACAAAGGAAACAAUAAAACCAUUACAUAUUUA